GAUCAGUCAUUCAAACGUCGCGCAGUUGGUGCGUAAAUUAUUUCUUGUUUUUAAAUUUUACAAAUAUUGUUUUUAAUUUUUUUUAUCCGGAUGUUGUAAAGCAAAAUAGUGACACUUAAUUUAACUAUUAUUUGUUAUCUGCGCAAUUUUAUGACAUUACCUGUUGCUAAAUAAGUUUAUUUUUAAUUAUUUCUGUUCCUUGUCCUAAUCUAAACCUGUGGUUCCGUGUUAUCUGUGAUCUCCUAGGUCGGACGAAAGGAGUGGGAACAUUUUUUUAGAAUACAAAAGCACUUGUUUUUAAAACAAAAAAAGUUUAACUGUGUUUCAGUUUAUUAUCAACACUUUCUAAAAAUACAAUUUUAAAACUGGUGUGGAUGAAAUUAAUUAUACGAAACAAGUUAAGAAAUUGUGGAAUUUAUAUCAACCAAUUCGAAACUUUUGGCGAUUAGUUCUAGAAGACAAUGCAUCGGGCAAGGAUUCCAGAUUGUUCCAAAGUGAAAACCGGAUUCAAGAACUGGUUCUUCAGUACAGAAGUGCUUGUGGAUAAAGUAAGAGGAUGUCUUAUGGGAGCUAUAAUUUCGGUGACGCUCGGAGAAAUUUGUGCGUACAGGUUCCUCAGGCAGGACGUCACCGCAGGGCAUCUUCCGCCUUACAUGACAGAUCUAUUUAUUGUACUCCUAGCAGUGCUGGAGACAAUAGUAGCACCUUUUAUUGGUUGGGUCGGGCAAAACAGACGGAGAAUCAUGUUGGCGGUAGCGUGCUUUGUGACCGCAGUCUUCACAUUUCUGUGGUUCGCUCUACCAAAGGUGCAUGUGGGAAGUGAAGGUGUUGAGUUUUGCAAAAUAAACAACACGUCUCCAGACAUCGGUAGUGGCUCCAACAUUCCGCUCAGAUUGCCAAUUAUUAUAUUAACGUUCAUCUUCUUUGGUGUAACGAGACUUAUCGUGUUCUCUCACGGGACUGCUUACAUUGAUGAGCACGCACCUUCUAAAAUGACCUUGCAUUUUGGGAUCCUUACAACAUUCCGGAUGUUGGCUUUCGUCGUGGGCUACACUAUGCUGACGGAAUUUUUGGAAACAAAUAUGACAGUUCAGAUAUUGUUAAUCGCUAUCGGCCUAUCGAUCAAUUCUCUACAGGUGAUAAUGAAUAUGCCGAGGGAAGCACCGAAAACGGAGGAACUGGCACCAAUCCCGAGGGAUGAUCGAAGGUUCUUUUCCAGCAUGGGCCGCAUUUUCUCUAAUACUUUGGUGACGUCACAAAUGGUUGCGAUGGCUCUGACUGCUUCUGCGAUUUGGGGCUUUGCCUACCACCAGGAAGCAUUCAUAGAGGCAAAAUACAAUCUACAUUUGGAAAGGAAUCUUGCGGUAAAAUAUGCCGAGAUACUACGUUUACACAUUGUUGUUUUUGUAGCUGUGUUUUUGGGAGUGAUUUUCGGACCACCAAUGAUGCAAAAAAUCGAGAAGAAAGAUCUUUUGAGCAUUACUAUUAAAGCGUAUGCCUUGAUGAUCCUUGCUUAUUUUGCGUCGGGAGCGCUCCCUUGUACGACGGGCAAGGUUGCCGGCUUGCAGGAGAUGAGCUAUAUGCAACCACAAUGCAGUCAAACGUGCGGAUGCGAUAUUGAAAGACCAGAGAUUUUACCGGUCUGCGUUGCUGACCAGAUGAUAACCUACAUGUCGCCGUGUCACGCUGGCUGCUCGGGCGUCGAAAGAAUAAACGGAAUUCAGGUGUACACGAAUUGCACUUGUGCUCCAUUGACCGGCCGCGCUAUACGCGGAUCCUGCAGUGACUACUCCUGCAGGGGGAUAUUCGGGCUGCACGAGUUACUCUAUACAGUGAUGCUCUCUGGUUCUGCGUUGGCUAUCCAAGCGCACGGCAUGGUGAUGCUGCGCUCCGUGGACAACCGCGACAAGUCCGUUCUGGUCGGCUUGAUCAGUAGCGCCGUCGCACUCUUUGCAUUUUGUUGCGGUCAUCUCUUAUUCCUUGGGAUUAGUGCUCGUACUUGCAACUGGUAUGAGAACGGCAGAUGUCAACUACAGAACAAAAUGUUCCCGUUUGUGACGGGCGCCGUGUGUGCCGCCAUCAUACUGUUCUCUUUACUAAUCACCAUCACCACCGUUGUCUUCAUGAACAAGGCGGCAAAACGGGAUAAGAGUGAACCACCUGUAGAACAGGAGGCUGGACCUGCAAAUAAUAUUGGAAUGUAGAUAAUAAUUAAUAAUAUGUUCAUUUGUGUAUAGCAGCGGGUUGCCAACUUUCAUCAAGAAAAUAUGUCAACUCGUGGAUCCUCAAAAUUUAAAAUAACACUGGUUCUCUCACCCUUCAAACUGGAUCACAGCAGUCAUGUUUACUGCUGCCUGUGUUGACUCUUAGAUAGAAAAGGAGCCCUACCCAAGGGCGUCACCAAGAGGGGGCAGGGAAGUGCUGCCCCCACCUACCUAGAGACUCAAAAAAAUGUAGUCAAAUGCAAAUCUUAUUUAUUUAUUCCUGGAGCUUUACACAUUAAAUUUGUACCGUUCUUAUUACAAUCGCCGUAGAAGUAAGAAUUGCAUGUUCUGAUGUUCAUUCCAAUUUCACUCGACCUUUCGGAGCAAUCUCUUCAUAUACCUUUUGUUAGGUCGUUCUGUAUAGGUCUAGUUUAUGCGGGGGCUGUAAUAAGGCGAUGUUUACCUUUCGAAUCAAUACCACUAAUUUAAUGUUAAAAAUAAUGUAGAGUUUUAUUUUUUGUGCUUUAUGCUCAACAAAAUAACUCUAAAAUUUCAUUUCAAAGUCGUGGCAGCGAUAUACACUAUUUGUAAGAAAGAGAUAGCGAAUCGUGGAAGACGUGUGCUUCACAUGUAUUUAUACGAGCAUGUCAAACGGAGUUCCUAUAUGUUUAUGUUUGCGUAUGUUUGUGUGUCUGUGUGUGUGUGUGUGUGUGUAUAUAUAUAUAUGUGUGUGUGUGUGUGUGUGUGUGUGUGUGUGUGUGUGAGUGUGUGUGCGUGUGAGUGUGUGUGUGUGUGUGUGUGUGUGUGUGUGUGUGUUUUUGUAUUUUGCUGUUGAUGUGAGUUUUGACUAUGGUAUUACAGAAGUAGUUCCCAUUUUUACACAUGAUUUUAUGAGCCGUUUACUGUUUGCAAUAUUUUUAUUAUACACCUAGUCAAUAGCUACUUAAUGAUUUGAAAUUAGGGAUUACAAUCUAUAUUUACAAUAGUUAACAAUAUUUUUAAUUAAUUAUUUGAAUUAAAUACGAGGAAUCUACCAGGUCUACAUGCAUGUCUGAGAAAUAAAAUAUAUUUCGAAGUGGUAAGUCUGCCAACACUGUAGUCCUAGGUGCUGAUUUGGUUACCAAAACAAUGCAGUUACCAACCUGCCUGCCAAGCGUGCCAACUAUGAAAAAUAUCGCCCCCUAAGACACAGUCUGUCUGGUGAGGCUUAUUUUAAAUUCUAUCUGUACUUAAAAUGGAAUUGUGGUGAAUUAGACGACAUUCCAGUAGUUUACGUUGAGUUUGUAAAGUUGCUUAGUCCGCUCAAAAGAGUUCAAAUAAUAGAAUUGUAAAAAAACCGACUUCAAAAACAAAAAUAAUAUACAAUCUGUGGCGGCGCUGUCGUCGCGCCACAAGUGAAAAACAUCGAAGCCUAAAUCGCGCUAACAAAAUUUCCCAAGGUUGUUGGUUGCGUGUUCACAUCACCUCGCGGUCACCACUGUAGCCGGUGGAAGGAAAAGGGGAGAUCUACCGCCGGGCAAGGUGUUCUGUUCUUUUAAAUAGUUCAAUUAUGCAAUAAGUUUGUAGACAAAGAUGGGUAUGUAUAUAUUAUUAAUGUAUGAAUAAGUUUUUUCACCAAGCACUGGAACUCUUUUAGAAAUAAGAUGCCCAGCGAUAAGUAAACUUUAUAUCGUUCAUAUUAAUUAAGUUUUAUAAUUUUAUAAAUUAUUAUAGCAGUAAUUGUUACAUUAUAAUUAAAGGUUUAUACAUAUAAAAUAAUAAAUGUUUUUAUUAUUUA